AUGAAUAGUCAAAAUUUUACGUUGGCUGAAAAUCUAAUACCUUCCUCGUACGUCCAACAAGCAGCUAGCGCUUUGAAGACUAGAGAGAACUUGGCCAAAACGCUCAUGGAACAGAGAAAAUGGCCAGAUAAUGGUUGGGAUGAUGCUACUAUUGAAAUGUUUUUAUCGAACUUAGCUCUUAUGGACAGUAACAACUUUAAAGAACAUGCUGGUGUUGGAGAACGAGAAGGACGCAUAGCUUGUAACUUAGUUGCUAAACGACAUUAUCUUAUGACUCAUGGAAUUGGCAGGUCUGAAAAUAUUGCUGAGGUUCAACCCAAUGCCACAGGAUCCAGUUUAAUGAUUAAAUUAGUAAACGCUAUGCUCCUAGAAUCUAUUCGUUUUAUGGGUGUAGCAAGUGCAACUGGUUGUUUUAUGGUUCCAAUGGCUACUGGAAUGAGUUUGAUGUUAUGUAUGUUAACAUUAAAACAAGAUAGACCUGGGGCUAAGUUUGUGUUGUGGUCAAGAAUAGACCAAAAAUCCUGUUUCAAGUGUAUAAUUACAGCUGGUCUACAACCAAUAAUCAUUGAUCCUAUUCAAUGCGGUGAUGAAUUACAUACAGAUGUACAAGGAAUCGAAGCACAGUUAUCAACUCUUGGAUCUGAUAACAUAGUAUGUGUAUUAAGCACAACUAGUUGUUUUGCGCCUAGAGUAUCAGAUUCACUUGAAAAAGUUGCUUGUCUUUGUCAAAAAUAUAAUGUUCCACAUUUAGUUAAUAAUGCAUAUGGUUUACAAUCUACCAGACUGAUGCAUUCAAUACAAGAUGCUUCUAGGAAAGGGAGGAUUGAUGUUUUUGUUCAAAGCACUGAUAAAAACUUUUUAGUUCCUGUAGGAGGUGCUAUAAUUGCAGGAUUUGACAAAACUAUUUUAGAUAAAAUUACUAGAAAUUAUCCAGGAAGAGCAUCUUGUAGUCCUGUUAUGGAUAUUUUCAUAACAUUACUAUCAUUGGGUACUAAUGGUUAUAAGGAGUUGAUAACACAACGUAAAGAAGUACAUCAACAUUUAAGGAAAGAACUUGGAAAAAUCGCUGUAAAAUAUGGUGAACGUUUAUUGGAUAUACAAAAUAAUCCUAUAUCCAUAGCUAUGACCUUGACAUCAUUAAGUGUUCAAAAUGCGACUGAAACUGAUACAAAAAGAUUAAGCCAACUAAGCUCCAUGAUGUAUAUGCGCCAUGUAACGGGCUGUAGAGUUAUAUCAUCUAUUGAAGUUAAAGAUGUCUGUGGUUAUAAAUUUGAUGGUUGGGGAGCUCACAAAUCCAAUUAUCCUUGUCCUUACAUUACAGCUGGAGCUUCAAUAGGUGUUAAAAAGUCUGACAUUGAUUUAUUUAUACAAAAAUUGGAUAAAGUAAUUGCUAGGUUAAGAAAGUCAUCACCAUCUAAUUUGGAAACUCCGUCAUCAUCAGAAGGUAAUGACACAACAUCUAUGCGACGAACAGCUACUGUUGCAUCUAGCUAUCGUAGUACAAUAAAUGGAGUUUACUCUAUUGGAGAUGAUAGUACAUCAACAUCUCGCACAUCUAGUGUUGAUAAUUUACGUAAACAUUGAUAAUUUUGUUUACUUGACAUAAUUUCAAUUACUUACGUAUGAUUUAGUCAAUUUUUGCUUGUAGAGCAGAAAAAGGAUCUCUAAAGCAGUUAUAUUUUAAAAUAAUCAAUAUUGAAUCCUUAACUCUUAGUAGUUGGUAAUUUUGUAUGUUUCUGGUUUUAUAACUUUUAGAUGUUGCCUUCCACCAUGACGUGUUAUGAUUUAUAGUAAAUAAUUUAUCAAUUUAUAUUCAGAUGACUAUAUAUAGACUGAAUGACUCAAUAAUUUAUAAUGGAAAGCAUCGCAAAUUAAUAAAGGUCAUAUUUAGAAAGUAAUAAACACAUAGUAUACUAGGGUGAAUAUGUAAUAGCAAUUUGUACUUAAUUUAAGCAUCUAUUAUUUUUGAUUUUUAUGAACCAAGGAUUUUUUCCUUGAAAGUAUAAUUUCUUACAAAUUUAAUCAACUUUUAGUAUUUUUACACAAAACUAUUCA